AUGCAGGAUUCGCUGACGUGGUCAGCUCGCCCGGUGACGCCGCCGGCGGCUGUCUACUUGGAGAGGCUUGGCAGCGAUGACGAUGACGAUCAUGUCGGAGAUGCCGCCGGUCGGCCGCCGUCGACGCCGUGUGGCAGUGUGCCGUCGCCCCUGAGCAGCCUGAGCCUGAGCCUGCACCACGCCGGCAUCAUCAUGUCGUCGCCGCUGUCGCCAAUGCGACGACACUUUUUGAAAGAAGGCCAGCAUGAAGACGACGACGACGGGAUAAGCCACGACGACGGCACUGGUGACGGCAGCCACGACGGUCUGCGGAGCUAUGAUCCCAGCAGCACCAGUAGCACCAGCAGCAAUGACGACGACGAUGACGAUCUCGCAGAGGAUAGUCGCGAUGUUCUCGUUGACCGGCUCAACGAUCUCGUCCGCCACCUGACCACACCCCGGGCGAAUGAUGGCGACCACAGCAAUAGCAGCAACAGCAACAGCAGCAACAACAACAACAACAACAACAACAACAACAACAACAACAACAACAACAACAACAACAACGACACAACCCAGCGCAGCCUGCAUCGCAGCGGCCGCCGUCUCGGCUACGACGGCCACGUCCUGACCUUGCUGCACGCUCGCGUCGACGAGAUGGAGUCGGCGCUGGUAGCUGCUGGACAGGAAGAACACCAGCAUCCUCAAGACCAGCAGCAACACCUCCCGACUGCCCUCUCCCAUCUCGGCCUCCUACGACCAGCCCCUAUUCUGGUGCCGGCACUAUCGACACGGCCAGGUCCUGCCUCCAUGACUCCGACCACUCCGAGGGCCCCAAAGACCCCCAAGACCCCCAAGACUCCGAAACCCCCCCGUCCUGCAGUCUCGCGCAAGCUUGCCGCCGCCUGUGACGAGCUCGCCGGCGACCUCUCCAUAGUUCUUGCAAGCCUCCGAGGACGAAGCGAGGAACUCGAACACAUGCAAAAUAUCCUCCUCAGCCAGCUUGCCGCUGCUAAUGACCGCAUUGCCGCCCUGGAGGCAGAAUCACGAGAGGCGGCAGCAAGGGCGGUUGCAGCCGAACUAGCGGCUGCAGCAAAAGUACCGGCCGUCGCUGCCACACCAUUACCAGUAUCACUGACGACGGAAGCGAAUUCUGCAACACCGACGGCGACCAUGGCCACGAUGGCUACGACAGCUACGAUGGCUACGGUGGCGACGAGCGUAGCUCUGGAGUCCCCAACGGCCCCAACGGCUCCGACGGCCCCAACGGUCCAGACGGGAGGCAUGCUGUCCGGCCCUACAACCGACGAAUACCUGGAGGAGCUCGAGUCAGAGGUGACGUUUCUGCGACUGCAACUGCGCGGCAUCGAGGUGCGCUAUCGCACAUAUGUGCCGGCAGACGCCGACCCGGAGCUGGAUGAGUGCAUCGAGAACUGGAAGGCCGACUGGGUGGCGCUGCAGGCGAGGGUGACGCAGGAGCAGACGCUGGAAAGAACGCACACGCAGACCCAAGCAUAA